AUGGCUUCUGCGGUCUGGGGGAGUGCUCCCUGGUGGGGCCCGCCACCUCCAGCCCCAGCCCGGCCGCUCACGGACAUCGACUUCUGUUCCGGGGCUCAGCUGCAGGAACUAACCCAGCUGAUCCAGGAACUGGGUGUGCAGGAGAGCUGGAGUGACGGGCCCAAGCCGGGGCCGGACCUCCUCCAGGCCAAAGACUUUGUCUUCUCUUUGCUGGGUCUUGUUCACCGUCGGGACCCCCGCUUUCCUCCCCAGACUGAACUCUUGCUGCUUCGUGGUGGGAUUCGCGAGGGCUCCCUGGAUCUGGGGCCUGCACCCUUGGGUCCCUAUGCCCGGGGACCUCACUACGACGCGGGCUUCACACUCUUGGUGCCUGUGUUGUCGCUAGACGGCACCGGGCAGGAGCUGCAGCUGGACGCGGAGUCCUGUUACGCACGGCUCUGCCUCCCGGAGCUGAUGCACCGAACCGCGGUCCGGGAGGCGUGGCAGGACUGCCUCGGGCCCCCAGCCCCCACAGGACUUGAUUCGAUCCACCGAAUCCAAAGUGAAGGAAGUCCCACGGACCCGCAAAGCUCCCUGAACCAGACGCACGACUACGUCACUGAGCCUGGAUCGCACGAGUCUUUGGAAAAAUCACCUAGUAACGCUUUGGGGCCCGAGUCGCCUCAGCAAGACGUAACCGAUCCGGCCUGUGCCGCACCAUUGGAAAAACCGAAUGGUGACAUCACCCAAGCAAAGGUGAUUAAUCCAGCCCCUCAGCUGUCGGAUGUUGAGAAGGCGUGGCCCACAUUGGGCCCCGCCCAGGUGGCUGCGUGGUUCUUCGCUUCGCUCGCGGCGGUCGCCGAGACCCUCUUCCCUGUGCCUGGUGCCCCGCGUCUGGUCCACGCCGCCCGCCACGCGGGGUUCACCACCAUUCUCCUGGCCACGCCAGGGCCUCCGCGCCGCCUCCUGCUUUUCGAUCUGAUCCCCGUGGUGUCGGUGACCGGUUGGCCCGAGGGGGCUCGGAACCACUCGUGGGCCGGCCCGCUGGCCUCGGAGUCGUCCUUCUACUUGGUGCCAGGUAGUCGCCUAGAGCCGCCGAGCGCCUACAGCUGGCAGCUCUGCUUCGCCCGCCAGGAGCUGGCGCUCAAGGCCCGCAUACCUGCCCCGCUGCUGCAAGCGCACGCGGCGGCCCAGGCGCUCCUGCGCCCCCUGGUGGCCGGGACGCGGGCCGCGGCUCCCUACCUCCUGCGGACGCUGCUCUACUGGGCUUGCGAGCGGCUCCCCGCGCACUACCUGGCGCGGCCCGAGAAUGCCGGCUCCUGCUGCCUGGGGCUGCUGGAUGAACUGGGCCGUGUGCUCGAGGCCGGGACUCUACCCCACUAUUUUCUAAGCGGCCGAAAGCUGCUCGCCAGGGAAGGCGCCGCCGUACUGCUCCCGGCCUUGGCCCGGCUCCGUGCAGACCCCACCCGGGCCCUUCGCGCUGCAGUGGAGGAGGCCAAAGCGGCGCGCAAGGGGGGUGGCUUGGCUGGGGUAGGAGGUGGGACCCAUUAAAGACCCUGCUCCC